GGUCCUGGUGAUACCGCCACUGAGUCUCUUUUCCACUUUCGCCAUGCGGACCAUGGAGGCGUCAUCCCCUUCUGCCCAUAUGCGCCCAGAGCGACGCGGCCGGCUCCAGGAGUACCAGCAGAAUACCGCCUUCGUUGGCUUUAUGAUGCUAGUGUGCACCUCAGCAGUGGUGUACCUGACGCAAGCCCUAAGCACCGUGCUAGUGCCCCUGAUGUGGGCGGCCUUUACGGCGAUGCCUCUCACCGGCCUCAUCUCGGUGCUUAACCCCUUACUCAUCAAAGGCAUGAGGUGUUGCAGCAUCAGAUCCUAUCGACCUGUGCGCAACAAGGGCGAGAAGCGUCCCUGGUAUCUGAACCGGGACGUAGCCUUCGAAGCCAAACAAGGGGAGGCCUUUCUGCGGCUGCCCAAGACGGACGGCGAGCUUUUGCUAGAAGAGGUCAACGAGCCUGACUGGGUGCUGCUGCCAAGGUGCCUCUGGUUUCGUACCUGCUGUCGCCGCAAGGUCCGCGUGAAGGACCUACGUCCAGAUGGCGGGCACGAGGUGACCAUUCCGGACCGAGAGGUGAAUCGAUUAGUUAAUAGUUGGGAGUACUACAUCCGCCGAAGCGAUGCAGAUGAAGCAGGCUCAGAUGAGCUGAUGGUGGAGCUCUUCCUCGAUCAUGCUGAGCACUACCCGGCGCUGGUGCCUCCCUUGCCGCAGAUGCCGAAUCUGACUGGCUCCCUGGAGGUUGACAGCACGCACGCCGUCUCCUACUGGGUGGCCAUCAUGGUGGCCAUGGCCUUCGUUGCGCUUUUCUUGGCGCUCUUCGUUUGGCUCAUUUCCGUGGGCGCCAACACGUUGAGCAACAACGUUGGAUCCUAUGUCCACGGUGGCCAGGAGUUCAUAGUGUGGGCCAACGGCUAUGCGCAGGAGGUCCUGCCACCAGAGAUGUCGAAGGAUCUCGACCACAAGGCGCAAAACAUGCUGAACGAGCAGCUGCCAGAGCUGGCAUCUUCUCUGUUGACCAUGGUGGAAGGCCUUGGCUUCGAGAUCCUCUUAUUCACCUUGUACCUGCUGUUCUGGACAUUGGAGCCCCUUCCCAUCAACCGAGAGGUGUCAAACCUGUUCAAGACCUACUUGCUGCAGAAGUCGCUGGUCUGCUUGCUCUUUGCGGCGCUCACGAGCUUGAUGCUGCUUUGCCUGCACUGCGCUCUGUGGCACAUUCUUUUCCUGGUGUGUUUCCUGCUGAACUACAUCCCGGAGG